UAUGUCAAUUCAACUUCAGUGUCAAACUACCUUUCGCAAAUCACAAAUGUGGUUCGCGAUUGCAAAUUGACUUAUAAGUUAUAAAGCUAUGUCCAUUCAUGGUUUAUUUAGUUGAAUUGUUGAGACCACAAAAUCAAUUAAUAUGCGAUUGUUAUCUUAAAUUACCUUUAUGGUAAUAAAGUAUUUUAAAUAUAAUAAAAUGAUUAAAAGCUAAAAGUAAAGAUAAUAUAGUGACGAUCAAAAUGAAUUUGUCGAAACAUUAUUUAGUCGCAUCGAAAAUAAUAAGUUUUGUCCCUAAAAUAAACAGUUUUCAGGGUCAUUACGUAAAUAAAGUCCAGUGUCAUUGUCAUUUAUCGCAACAUCAAAAGCGAACAUUUUUUAAUUUUCCUAAAUCUAGUCGGAGACGAGAAUAUUGUGGUAGACAGUUAGUUGGAUACACAAUGGAACAAAUGUAUGAAGUAGUGUCUGAUGUGGAAAAUUAUUACAAAUUUGUCCCUUGGUGUAAACAAUCUAUUGUUUUAGAAAAGAAGCCUGACUACCUUAAAGCAGAUCUUAUUGUUGGGUUUCCACCCAUAAAUGAAAGUUAUACUUCAAAUGUAACACUUGUAAAACCAUACAUGGUUAGAGCAGAGUGUAAAGAUGGUAAACUUUUUCAUCACCUGCUGACGUUAUGGAGAUUUAGUCCAGGAUUAAAAAGAGAACAACAGUCUUGUGUUGUCGAUUUUCAAAUAACAUUUGAAUUUCGCUCAGCGUUUCAUUCAAAUUUGUCGAAUUUAUUUUUUGACCAAGUUGCACGUCAGAUGGAAGGAGCUUUUAUACAGGAAGUAGGGAAGAGAAAUGGCCCUGCCACAAUGCCACCUACAAAUCUUCUUCAAAAUGGUAGUCCAGCAAAAAGUUGACAGGGCAUAAGACACGUUAUCUAGUGAAAUGUGUAAUUAAUUGUUAUUAAAUUAUUUAUUGUAUAUUGUUACCAUGGGAAAUGUUUAUGUUAAUUUGUAAUUUGAAGCACAGCUUCAUAUUAACUAUAAAAUUUAACAAUUGGUACGUCAGAAAUAUAAAGAUAUUUCAUACUGCA